AGUAUGCUCUGCUCACUCUAUGAAUAGCAUCGAUCCGGGAAUAAGUCCGCCCAGGAAGGCUUCUGCAGCAUUACAUAAGGUAAGGCCGGCUUAACGACAUCAGUCGCUUGUGCAUUUUUUUUUUUCGAGAACAAAUGAAACAUCAUUUGGAUCAAAAUCACCGAUUUGAAAUUAAGCAAAUCAUCCCACUAAUACUUCGAGCGGUUUUGUUCCCUUUUCUCUUGGCAUUCGAGAAUGGAAGUACUCCUAACAAACUUUAAAAAAAAAACUUUUUGAUUCCGUUGUAUGUAGAAAUGAAGAUUAAAAUCAUAAUUUUAGUGUAAGAGUUUGUUUUAGCAGGCUUCUGCACUAAAAUGACACAUUAUAGGGACACAUUGGUGUUUGUUGUUCCUUUUUUUUCGGUACAAAGGCGCUGUUACACUUCCUGGUCAUUCAGUGCCGGACCUUUUCCCGAGAGAUGCAGAUCUUACUUUCUUCUCGUAGCUUUCAAGUUUGGAAGGCAAAAUAAUAAAGCACCAAAGAUAAAAAAAACAAACCUACUCUAGAAUUUUCUGUAAUUGUUGUAUCUGUGUUAGGUAAGAGAAGGGGCAUGAGAAUUCACUUAAGAUUUAGGGCUUUGUCUAGCAACGUAGGGUGAAGUGAAAAAUUUUGAAGAUAGUAUUUUUUAAUAUAGAUAUUAAAAUUUGGAAAGGAGAUAAGCGACUUUAUUUUUCCAGAAUAGGACUCACGGUAAUUGUAAUUGGGUAUUCCGCUUAUUAUACUUUUAAAAAAAAGAGCGAAAUUUCUUUCUGUUUGGUUGCCUGUCACGGCAAGCCAUUUCAACCAAAAAGCUUGUCGUAGUUACUCAGCAGUAGUCGUGAUACUUUCAGUUGAAGUUGGAUACUUACGAGCGAUAUAUGUGUAGGUUUUCAAAGCAUUUUUGUGGAGUUUAAAGAUGCCUUAAGUUUUCAGUACAGUUGUUACUUAUCCGUUUCCUGUGGAGAGGGUUGCAUUCUUAGUGCUUUUCUUAACAGCUGUAAGCUGUUAGUUUAUGUUCACCAACUAUUCCUAUUCACACCUUAACGUCUCGAAACCUGUCCAUGUCUCAUUCAUUCAUUUCUCGCGCUCAUACACUAUCUUUUAACUUCAUUGAUUACGCGAGAAGAAGUCUUGAUACUGAAAGGUUGGUUUAAUGAAAGUGACGACUUUUUGUAUGUAAAUUUGAUCGCAUGAUUAAAAAGCGGCGUUCAAAUCUCUUAUCAUAAAUUUAGAUUGGUCAUCCCGUUCAAAGUAAUUCAGGUUUAGUUCAGGUGUCGAAUCUUCUUUUCUGUUUGAACUGGUUGGUAUCGUGUUUAAGAUGUAAUAUUUUCUACAAUCUCCCGAACAAGAGAUUUUUUUUGCUUGCGGCCUCUACCAACAACGCAUUUAUGUCAUUUUGUGGUUCUGGAUUAAGGCGAUAUGAAAGGUUCCAAAACAAACGAUAUACAGCACAAUAAAUUUUGGAAAAAUCCUACUAAUUUUAGAAAUCGGAAAGUUUCAGCUGCUGAUUCAUCCUUGGAAUGCGGGUUUUAUGUAAAAACGCAUCCGGUUUGCACGAGAUGAAUUAUUGGGAAACAGACUUUCCUUACUUUGGUAAAGCGUCAACGCAGGCAUCUUCAGUCAAACCGACAAGGCAAACACGUUUUAUUCAACCUUAGUAAAAGUAUUCAGUUUUGACAGAAUAUUGGUUUUGCUGUCAGAGAAAGUCACCAAAGGUCUUAAAGCUUUUAAAUCUAAUCGCAGCUAUGAUAUACGUCAGUAUCUUAAUCUUAACCGCAGAAACCAACAAAUAUAGUUUGCCUCAGCCAUGAAAACUAUUGUGAGGAAAAUUGAUCUAAACACAUAGGUGAAAAACACCUGUUUCCUAAGGAAAGAAGAAAAUUUUGAAAACGAGAGGCAAAAGAAGCUUGUGUAAAACUAACAGGUGUAAAUCGUAUGAAAAUAGAUGAAAAAUUUUCGAAGUGUUCUUGGUUAUUUCGAAUUGUCAUCAGUGAAUUUCUGCACUACCUGCGGUCAUCAUAUGUCAUGAAGAAGGGUCUUUGUGAGAACGCAAUUAAGAUGUCGAAAUUUAAUCUUCUGUGAUUAUAUUGAGGCAAAGUGAGUAGGCACGGAAUUCAAAAGGGAACUCGUAAAAUAUGUUUCUGAGUUUGAUAAAGAAGCAUCUUCCACUUGCCUUAUCAGCGGGUUACCCUAAGAUGUCGAUAAAAAUCUCAUGAUAGUUUCUUUGCCAUGGAAUUAGCCUGCUAAUUGGCAUGUAUUCGGAUUUUAGUAGCUUGUAAUUGUUUUUGUCUUUUUCAAUUAGCUCUAAACCGCCGCCCACUGCACUAAACCAAUCAUGACUCUGAAAAACACCGACAAAAUUAAAACUUCGUUAAAAUCUUUUGUUUUACAGACUCAGGCUAAAUGUGUAUGACGCGCAACGGGGGAAUUCAUCAAAUUCUUACAUAAGGAUAUAAAUCGUUGACAAACAUUUCGCCAAAUAGGACGCUUUCGACGGACGAACUCCACGACUCGCCUUAGUAAGAACCUCUCAACAAAGGAGACGAUUUUCUGUCAAAGACAUUUGAGAAGUAAGUUGAGGAUAGUAACACCACAGAUAUAUUACUAUCGGUUAGGAAACCUUAAUUUGUCAAUGUUGUUUGUCAUGGUCUAUGGACAGUUUCUAUGAGAAUUAAGGCACAUCGUCUCUCUCUUUUUUUUUUUCUUGUUUUAUCCUGAGAAAAUAAUCUUUUCAUCCAGAUCCAUGAAGAGAGGUUUGGUUUUUCUGUAGAUGUGAGUGUUUUGACAUCUGUGUUUGGUAUUUUUUUAUUACUCCAAUGGCUUUGUUUAUGCAUCCUUUCAUUUUUUUGUAUCGGCUUAAGUGAGGAGGUCAAAACAAAGAGAAAUAUCUUCACAUUAACAAUAGACACGCGAAUUGACUUUUGUCCAUGAAAUGUGGCGGCCAUUAUAAGUUUUAUGAAAACUACUAAUUCUCAGUUCAAUUUUUUCAACACAAUUUCCUAUAUUAUUUUUUUUAACAUUGGGAUGGCGUUUAAGCCUUUAAAAAUAAUUUUUCUUAGCAUCCAAUGUGUUUCAAUGUAUCACAUCCAUUGUGCAAAAGCUUUUAGCUUACUUUUUUGUCAUAAGUGAUAUCAGUCACUUUCUCUUUCGUGGCCAUGUGACAAAAAGUCAUCUUGUGGUUUUUCUUCAGUGAUUUCUCUCAAAUAAUGAACACUCUCCGUAAUGCAACCUCUUUUUAAUGUUCCUUGAGAGGCUGUAGGUUUUGCAGACUUAAAAAGUUCCUCCUUUUCCAGGAUGUAUCACACAUUCACCUCUAUUCGGAGAAUUCUGUGUCGGCAAAAUGUCAAAAGAAUUGUGUAUCUCGGUUAAAAACCGCAAGUUCACUCCACCUACACCUGCCUCGUCAGUUAGAAAUCAUUUCUGUACUUGAAAAGAAAAAGUUUAUAUGCACUUCUUUCACUCUCUUCACCUCCUCACUUCUUUCAUUCUCUAGUUGGUGUGACUGUUCAUUACGGAUGUUAUUUUUCUAAUACUGGGUUUUGUUUUGCUUUUUCUCAUGUCUGUUGGACGUAUAAAUUUUACAACGUGUUCGAGUUUUCAGAGCUGUCUACAACCAUUUGCGAACUGACAUCCCGAAUGCUUUUUACUGAAAUACAGUUGAAGCUCAGUUUCAUAGGCGACCACCCUUGGUGCCACAUUUAGGCAUGCAUGUGGUUGCUUACAAAAGGAAAGACCGUUAAAGAUCUGAACUUUUGUCAUUCAUGAACAGAAGCUGCUUUUUAAAGCAGAAUCGGAAUGAAAGUAAUCUUCUCACCCACUUGACACCCAAGAGUGAGGAGAAGAAGUCGCUUACAGGAUAUUUGAAACAAUAGGUGAUAGUUUCAAUCAACAAGUCUCAGAAGGGGUCUCACUUGACUUAGAAAAAUUUGGCAUGUGGGAUAAAAGUAGACGCUUACCCUACGGAUGGACCUUUAAUGGGAGGGUUUUACUAAAUGACUGAACAAAAUUUCUUUUAAACAAUAGCUAAAACGAGUAUUCAUGCGGCGAAUCAUUUAUUUCUGUGUUUCUCAGACACUAUUUCUUGAGGCGAGUGUCUUGUGCAAUUUUUCUAAGUUACGUGGUGCGUUUCUUUUUUAGAAAAAUGAGUUGGACCAUAUUUGCCGUGAUCACGAUCGUUGCCCUUUCGCACGAAGCAACCAGUAAUCCACUGAGAAGAAAAAGGGCGUGGGAGGGUGACUGCCCCCCAGGAGUCUGGGGAUGUAAGCGCUCGGAAACAGAGAACAAGAGAGCCGAAGACGAUUGUCCUCCAGGAGUUUGGGGAUGCAAGAAGAACGUCAUCGAGGAACUGGAUGAAGACUGUCCCCCCGGUGUGUGGGGCUGUAAGCGGAACUUCGAAAUCAAGAGAAGCAACGACGAAGACUGCCCACCUGGAGUCUGGGGCUGCAAACGAGGUCUAUUUGCCUCUGUCAAAAAUUGGUUUAAGUCAAAAGGAAGAUCUACGCGGUCAGUAAAAAGCAAUAAUGAUGAAGAUUGUCCCCCCGGAGUGUGGGGAUGCAAAAGAGAAAUAAAAAAGGAAGAGUUAGGCGAAGAAGGAUGCCCACCAGGGGUCUGGGGUUGUAAGAAAGACUCGGUCGAAAAUGAUUGUCCUCCUGGGGUCUGGGGCUGUAAGAAAGAUCAGAUCGAAGAAGAUUGUCCACCAGGGGUCUGGGGCUGUAAGAAAGAUCAGAUUGAAGAUUGUCCACCAGGGGUCUGGGGCUGCAAACGAAACGAGGUCCCUGAGAAAAAGGAAAAGGAAGAUGAUGAGAAAAAAGAUGAAUUAGCUGCUAAAGCCGAGUGUCCACCAGGGGUCUGGGGUUGCAAGAGAGAUAAUUAAUGAUUUGAAAAGUUACCAGAUUAACUGAGUGACUUUUGUCAAGAUAAGUCAACAUUGGACGACCUUAUGACUGUCUAGUAUCAUGCCGACUGUAUAAAUUACACUUUACUACAUAUUGAUUUUGAUUAUUGCAAUUCUAAGUAAGCUAUGAACAGAGUGUAUUUUUAAGUUAAGAAAUAAUGUUCAAGUAACAGAAGUUAGAGACCAAUGGACUGUCAACAAAUAAAAGUUUGAAACCCAGGUG